AUGGCCGAGAUCCGUCGCAAGCUCGUCAUCGUCGGCGAUGGUGCCUGCGGUAAGACCUGUCUGCUCAUUGUCUUCUCCAAGGGCACAUUCCCUGAGGUCUACGUCCCCACCGUCUUCGAGAACUAUGUCGCCGAUGUCGAGGUCGAUGGCAAGCACGUUGAGCUCGCUCUCUGGGAUACAGCUGGCCAAGAAGAUUAUGACCGUCUCCGACCCCUGUCAUACCCCGACUCUCACGUGAUCCUUAUCUGUUUCGCUGUCGACUCCCCCGAUUCCCUCGAUAACGUUCAGGAGAAGUGGAUUUCCGAGGUCCUCCACUUCUGCCAGGGUCUCCCUAUCAUUCUGGUCGGCUGUAAGAAGGAUCUGCGCCACGACCCUAAGACCAUUGAGGAGCUCCACAAGACCUCCCAGAGCCCCGUCACCGCUGAACAGGGUGAGGAGGUCCGCAAGAAGAUUGGUGCCUACAAGUACCUUGAGUGCUCUGCUCGCACCAAUGAGGGUGUUCGCGAGGUCUUCGAGGCUGCCACUCGUGCCGCUCUCCUGAAGGUUGGCAAGACCAAGCAGAAGAAGGGAACCAAGUGCAGUAUCCUGUAA